GUUCGCUUUGUGAGUUUCGUGAUCAGUCGCGGUAGCACGUGUGUAAAGGAAGCGAACCACAAAUGUCCGUUCACACAAGCAGGUAUCCGCGCUGCUAGCUGGCCGGGUCAUGUCUAAAAACAUCGAUGCUCUGGUUGGAUGCAUGUCAAGUUAUCGAUUUGCCAGGAGAAAAGCCCGUCUGGGUGUCGAUGACGGAUUCGGGUCCCUGAGAGAAAAAAAUUCCCGUGGCGCCAAUCAACAUGACGCACGCUUGCAUGCAGCCAACCCACGCGAUCAUCAUUUACCUUGGCCAUGAUCGGAGACCGGGAGACGUGAGCGGAAAGCGACAGAACAAUUUCCAUCGUGUCCUGUCUGUUUUCUAGACGGCCGCCUCCUUCUCCUCCUCCCCUGCCUUUUGUGAACGCUCGACGCUUUGCUCCGUCUUCCGCUCCACCUGUCGCAUCCGUCUCUGCAGACCGCGACCGCGUCGCUAGCGUAUCCCAGGCCAUUGUCAAGAUGGUGUACAUUCGUCAGGACAAGCUGCCCAAGCUGAAGGAGUACAAGUACUCGGCAGUGGACAAGAGCUUGGUUUCCAAGUACAUCUUGAAGCCCUUCUACACACAUGUGGUCAUCAAGUGCUUCCCCAUGAGCAUGGCCCCGAAUCUUAUCACCCUGAGCGGCUUUGGAUUCGUCGUCAUAAACCUUCUCACUCUGCUGUACUAUUCACCCGGCCUCGAUCAAGACUGCCCACCGUGGGUGUAUGCAUCUUGGGCUGUGGGCUUGUUCCUGUACCAGACUUUUGAUGCCGUUGAUGGGGCGCAAGCGCGGAGAACACACCAGAGCGGACCUCUUGGCGAGCUUUUCGAUCACGGCGUUGACGCGGUCAACACUACGCUCGGUGUCAUUAUUUUCGCCGCGUGCAUGAAUAUGGGACAGACUUGGAAGACGGUGCUCAUACAGUUCAGCGCGCUUCUCACCUUCUACAUCCAGACCUGGGAGGAGUAUCACACCAAGACCCUGACCCUGGGCCUUGUCUCUGGGCCCGUCGAGGGCAUACUCACCCUGUGCGCUGUAUUUGCUAUCACCGCCGUUAAAGGGGGAGGGUCGUUUUGGCAGCAAUCGCUCUUGGCCUCCAUCGGUGUCCCGAACACAGACUUGAUCUGGGACCCCGUGUAUGAGAUGACGUGGGUAGACUGGUACAUGCUGUACGGCGGCGUGAUCAUCGUCGUGAAUACAAUCUGGGCCUCUCAGGGCGUAAUGCGCGCCCGUCGCGCCAGAGGGAAGCGCACCAGAGUCGCCUUGCUGGGCCUUCUUCCGUUCUUUGCGACAUGGACCCUCAUUUCGAUUUACCUGGCGCUGCAGCCCGUCAUCCUCCACCACCACUUGGUCCCGUUCAUGUUCUUCACCGGUCUCAUCAACGCGUACUCCGUCGGUCAGAUGAUCGUGGCCCAUCUCACUCAGUCGCCGUAUCCAUACGGCAACGUGCUCAUGUACCCGAUGUUGUACGGCGUGAUCGACUCCAUAGGGCCCGUGCUUCUUGAGAAAUUUGGUUUUGGCUGGCCGAGCGCGCUGGGCUACGACACGUACCAGGUCGCCUUCGUCUUCUGCUGUUUGGGCCUGGCGGUCGGCGUGUACGGCAGCUUCAUCUUUGACGUCAUCACCACGAUCUGUGACUAUCUAGACAUCUGGUGUCUGACCAUCAAGCACCCCUGGACGGGCGACGACAACGACGCGAACGGAAGCGUCAAAGCGGAUGGGAAGAAGUCCCAGUAGGCGAAGGAGCCAGCGACAGUCGUGCGCUGACGCACUCGCGGAAGGCGGAGAAAGACUGUAAAAGUCCGCGUGCAAAGGGUGUCCUUCUUGGCUUCAAAUUGCUGCAUUUGAUAUUCUAUUUUGUGAAGCGUACGGCGACGUUCAUGCGAGUAGUUUACGGCGUGUGCGCCGACCCGGCGCGCAUCCGGCAUUCCUGUUGAGAUACCACUUUCUUGCCAAUAAGCACCGUUCUUGAUAUAAGAGUCCUAGCGAGAUCUGUCCGACGUAGCUUACUAUACAGAUUUGAAUGCAGGAAAAGACAAGACCAUUCUCCCACUUCUGUGCUGUUCCUUUCUGUUCUUUGAGAAACCAGCGUCUGACGCGAGAUAUCUGCAGCAACCACUUGGGACACAGGUAGAGGUGGUGUUGCGGCUGUGUUUGGGGUCUUUUGAUAUCGGCAAUCCUGACGGCUUCCAGAUCGUUGGGUGCGCCAUCUUAUCGAACGAAAGCGUCUUUGGAAACAUGUCUAAUAGCG